AUGAAUUCCUUGAAAGAGUCAGGCAUCGCGUCCUCAUCCCUUGCUGGCAUCGGCGUUGGAUUUUUCAGUUGCCUGCUGUCUUCAGCGGAUAAACAAAGGCAAGAGAACAGUGGCAAACACACUGACCGCAGCCGGAUCCAAUGUGUGCUGGGCGCCAUAGGCUCGACAAUUUUUGGGAUUCUGUCCUUGGUGGGAUUAGCAUACGGCCCAGUGGCUCUCGUUGUUGUAGUCCGAGCUGGAGCGACCCUGCCCGCGAAUGCGCUCUUCAGCCAGGUCUUCCAAAUCAGGCCACUGACUUCCAGUGACGCCUUGGGUACCCUGGUGACUCUCUCAGGCGUCGUGUGCUUCACCCUGUUCCAAGGUGAUCCUGGGCCUGAGGUCACUGCGCAAGUCUUUCUCCGGUUCAUUGAAAGUCCGGCAGCUAUUGCGGUUGCGGGAGCUUUGUUUCUGGCUCUUCUGCUGUCUGUCAUGUACAUGCUGCGGGAGCGGCUCCGUGCCAGGAGCUGCUUGCUUCGAAGGCGGCACCGUUCAGGCAAAUGGCCGAUCUAUCGGAAGAGCGAGAAGAGGUUUAUGAGAUCUGUUGGCACUCCAGAGGUGCAGGAGGUCAGUUCCGAUGAUUCCGCAGAUGCGGCGUCGCAGUCACAGCGGUCGUUGAGGCUAUGUCGUCAGGAGAUCCUCGAGGUGCUGGCAGUGUGCACAGUCACGUCCACGAGCAGUGCUGCGAUGGACGUGGCAGCGAAAGGUUGGGCUGCUCCUUUGAAAAAGGGUCCGGCAUGGGCACUGCAAUCGGAGCUUUUCUGGAUUUCUGUGAUCUUCAACCUGAUCUUCCUGGUGGGCAUGCGCACGGGAACAAUCAUCGGGUGCCACCGCUGCGAUGUGCUCCUCUUUAUCCCCUGCUCCACGGUCAUGAACAUCUUCGUGAGCGUGGCCACAGGCCUGGUGGUGCUGGAGGAGUGGAAGGAGGUCAAAUCCUGGGUUGGCUUGGCUUCCAGCUCGCUGACCGUGUUGGGUGGCAUCAUCAUGCUCGUGACUGGGCCGGCCGAGGGCAACAACCAGAGGUCGGGGGCUCUGUCGGAAGACUCGUCAGACGAAGAGCUUGGAGAAGAGGAGACCUUCGAGGCGAGCGACGCAUGCGUCUGUGACGCUGUCGAGAUUGACGUCUCGGACCCGGAUGAAUCGGAGACGUCCCGGCCGUCCCGGCCUGCGACAGUGAGUUUCUCGAGCCUGCUCUACACUCACAAGAUGCAUGCGCUGGCCAGCAUGAACAAGAACCACUCCAGGCUGAGAAAGAGGGUAGGUGGUGUAGGAAGAGAGUAG